UAGUUCUUCUCCUAAAAUAGAUGUUAUGAUGGCAAAAGUUAACUGAGUCCAAGUUUGAGAACAACAAUGACAUAAGCACUGAAACACUCCCACAUGAGACAUGUAGAGGAUGUUGAGUGACAGAGAAACCUACUCACUCAGGGACAAAGGAAACCUAUAACUGUCCAGUCCCUCACAGUUCAAGCUGCUAGAGUGAACAGAACAGAACACUUCACUCAGAGAAAAACAGAUCUUUGUAAUGGGUCCAGAAGAGAAACUUAACACCACGUUUGUUCGCCCUGCAAGGUUCUAUCUCAGUGGGUUUACCAACAUCCCUCAUGUGAAGUAUUACUAUGUGUUCCUGUGUUUUGUCUACGUCCUGACUGUUCUGGGGAAUGGCUUCCUCAUGUUAGUUAUUUACCUGGUGGAGGCCCUGCAUACUCCCAAAUACAUGAUUGUGUUUAACCUGGCGUUGGUAGAUUUGUGUGGCAGCACGGCUCUCAUACCAAAACUCUUAGACUCCUUUUUGUUUAACAGGAGGUACAUCGUCUAUGAGGCUUGUUUGAGUUACAUGUUCUUUGUUAUAUUGUUUGGAGGCUUGCAGUCAUGGACGCUUGUCACAAUGGCAUUUGACAGAUUAAUAGCGAUUUGCUUCCCUCUAAGGUACCAUAGUAUUGUUACUAAUCAAGUUAUUGGUGUGAUGCUGAUGUUUUCAUGGGUUGUUAUUACAGGUUUAUUGACAUGCGUUGUAAAGCUCAUUGAUCGUCUGUCAUUCUGUGGAUCUUUGGUGGUGACAAGCUUUUACUGUGAUCAUCCCCUUGUUUAUCGCCUGGCUUGCAAUGACAAUUCUAUGAAUAUCCUAAUGUCAUAUACUGGUUUCCUUGCAUUCAUCUGUAUACCUCCUAUUUUGAUAGCUCUUACAUAUGUUUGUAUUUCAGUAGCACUGAAAAGGAUUGCAUCAGGAGAGGAGCGACUUAAAGCUUUCAAAACUUGUUCAUAUCAUCUGAUUCUUGUGGCUAUUUUCUUUUUGCCAGUUCUUUGCAAUAACAUAAUCUCAUUGUCUUCUUCUAUUCAUCCUAAUGCCAGGAUUAUUAACACCUCUCUGACACUCACGAUACCAGCACUGCUUAACCCCAUUGUGUACGCUUUAAAGACAGAGGAAGUUCUUAACUCUACCAAGAAGAUUUUCAAAAGAAAGAAGAUAAAUAAAGCUACCAAAAAAUAA